AAGUGAAAAUGAUCGAUCGCUACGAGUUCGAGUCGAAAAUUUGUCAGCUUAGCAUGCAUCCAGCGAUUUAGGUUAUACACAAAAUUCUAACUUUCUAACAACUGUUAUCACGAAAUUUUCUUUAUUGAAUUAAUUUCUACUUGACAUUCAUCAACAUCUGGGAUUCUACAAAGAACGAGAGUUUUACUAUUUUGUGAGAAAGUGGAAUUUGAUGAUACAAAGACUUCUGCGGGAAAGAGAGUGUAAAGGAACAGAAAUCAACAGAAAUGGCGUCGGUGGGGAUUAUUCUAUGCAUGUUAGCGUGUUUAGCCGGUGUGUACGGAACUCAAGAUGAGUACAGAUUAUUAAACGACAAAUUUUCCAACUACAGCAACAUCAUCAGACCUGUAGCUAAAUCAUCAGACCCCAUAGAUGUUUUAAUCGGAGCAGCCAUACAACAGAUCAUUGAUAUGGAUGAGAAAAAUCAAGUCAUCACUCUUAACCUAUGGAUGCGCAUGCAAUGGUCAGAUAGUAAUCUGGUAUGGGAUCCCGCCGACUAUGGUAACACAUCUGUAUUGAUAGUACCUAUUGGUACUAUAUGGAGACCAGAUAUUGUUCUAUUCUCCAAUGCCGACAGUGGCUUCAGCGGGAUGAUGCAAACCAGUGCCUCCAUUUCUCACGAUGGCAUCGUCCGUUGGAACGCCCCAGCCAUCUACCAAAGCACCUGCAAAAUAGACAUCACCUACUUCCCUUUCGAUGAGCAGCACUGCCGAUUAAAGUUUGGAUCCUGGGCUUAUCAUGGGUUUCAGAUUGAUCUUAAGAAUCGGUCCGACAGCGGCGACAUCUCUGCCUACAUCGACAAUGGCGAGUGGACACUCGUCGGUAUGCCCGUCAAGAGGAACCUCUUCUUCUACGGUUGCUGUCCAGAACCUUUUCCUGAUGUUGAGUUCACCGUCAUUAUUCGCAGAAGGGCCCUUUUCUAUUUCAUCAACCUUCUCGGACCUUGUGUUCUGAUCUCAUUGAUCACCGUGUUGGAUUUCUUCAUGCCUGCCGACGCGGGAGAAAAGGUCACCCUCGGGAUCACCAUUCUCCUGGCACUCACCGUCUUCUUGUUGCUGGUAGCUGAAACGAUGCCGCCCACGUCAGAGGUUGUCCCGUUGAUAGCUCAAUAUUACGCAUGUACCAUCGUGUUGGUAUCCCUUUCUACUGUGAUGACAGUGUACGUUCUGAGUCUCCAUUAUCGACUUCCGGGAACUCAUCGGGUGCCACGAGGUAUGAAGAAAUUCACCUUCAGUUUCUUAGCGCGCAUGUUGUGCAUGGGAAGCUUCAUUGUCAACAUGGGUGAUGACGACAACGAUGACGAGAUACGGCAGAACAAGCCACACGCUGGCGUCUAUGAGAAUACCUUUCUUACCAACCUGAAUGGGGUAGCCAUCAUGGAUGACUCGGAGAAGAAAUCGUCAGAGGAUUCGUCGGUAGUGUCCAAGAGGUUCGAAUCGAUGACCCAUGAUAUAAUGACCAAUCUGAAGUACAUCGUCAAGAAGAAGAAGGAAGAGGACGCCGAGGAAGAUGUCAUGACCGAGUGGAAGUAUGUCGCAGUCGUGUUUGAUCGUCUUUUUAUGUGGGUGUUUACGCUUGCCACCGUUAUCUGCACCGUUGCCAUCUUAUGCCAGCCAAAACCUUUUACAACAUCCAACGAAAUCUAAAGACCAUUUACGGCGCUAUCUGCUGCAUAAUGUUCUAGUAAGGCAGAAAUGACAGUGCUCACUGAGAUCAGCAUGAUGGUGUGUGGUGUUGUAUUUUCUGAGACCGUCUUGUCAACACGGCUACCUACACUCGUACCACUCUCGACACACGCAGGGAAAUCAUCCAAUUGGUUAAGAACAAGAAUGCUAAACGUGCUAAAUGGCGCAUGCCUUAGUGAUCCAAAUGGACAUUUCUAUGAUUGAACAUGGCUGCAUGGGGCAACCAUUGACGCAACAACACGUAAUAGUGACGGAUCCGGAUGCAUAGUUAAUGCAUAUGUCUUUUGGCUCUUUGUGAGCCAAUAUUGACACAGUUGUAAAAAUCAGUGAUGAUAUUCAUUUAUUUGCUUCAUUUAACGAUGACAAUUAGCGCAUGCGCUAGUGUUCAAAAUGGAUGUUUCGAUGAUUGUUCAAAAUGAAAAGCGUAAGCUCGUCUGAGCCAAGAUUGACCCAGCUGCAUAAUUACUGCGUCUUUAUUUACCUUUUGAGCACUUAUCAGUCCGUCGAAUUCAUUUGAAACAUUCUAUUGUUACUAUAAGACAAAAUUUGAAUUGUGUAUUUUGUUUUCCUUUCUUGUAAAGUGAAUUUUCUGAGACAAGACCGUAGAUUAUUAACACAGACACGCAUCAGUAAAAAUGUGUUUCAUGCGUAAUAGCAUUAGUUAUAAAUCGGUCAAAAUAAAAAGAAUAUUCCCUUGUCAUGUGUAUAAUUUGGUAAGUUUGAUCAGACUGGAAUGUUGUUCUUAAAGUCAACUCGUGUAUAUAAAUAUGCUAUGUUUGUUUAAGUUACCUAUGUUGUUCUUUUUAUACACUACAAUUUCUUUGCCCUGCAAUUGGCAUUUAGUUUCACACUUUUCCUGCCAGGGACCCAGGCUUUAAUCAUAUUUUUCGAUUUAAAUGUUUACAUGUUAUUUCUUUAUUAAGCCUAUUUUGAUGUAUUAUUAACGUUAUAUUUAACGGCAAAUGGCAAAUAAAGAUGAAUGAUAUGUAUAUAUAUAAAUAGAUGUUUGUUUAAUGUCUUAAAAUUACCUCAGAAUAAUAUUUUAGUAAUUCAUUUCUUGCACAUACAAGAUACGAAUUAUAAAAAUUGUCAAGAACAUGUGUAGGAAAAUUUCUGGUAGCUUAUAAUAUUCUUAGGGAGAUUUUAUGUCAUAUUCCAACCGUCUAUUUUGCUCUGACAUGUCAUCAGUACGCAAAUGUUUGGAAUGAAAAUUUUAAGACGCUUUUUUUUGUAAAUUAAAAAGAAAAUAAUUUCAGCAAAAUACGGCGAGUCAUGAGGAAUAUUCAGAAUGAUUUCAAGAAAACUAAAAGGCUUAACUUUUUUUUUCGUUAAUUGUAUUUCUCAAAGUAUCGGUUUUAAAUUUGUUGAUAUAAAAAAAUAUUUCCUCAUUGUGUAUUCGUUUACACUGUUGAAAUGUACAUGAAACAAUGAUACCAAUUAUGCAUCUCACUGAACUGCGAGUGUCAGUUCAUAAAAUCAAUUUUAGGGUGGUUUCAUUCUUAUGUCGAAACGUACUGUUAUGUUGAUAAUGGUUAGAGUUACAGUAUAUUUAAACUUUAUAUUUCAAUCUUUUUGAAUGGAAUGGCAUUUUUGCAAAUGUCUUGCCUUAUCAAUUCGAUUUUAGAAAGUCUUUUUACCUUUUUAUUUCGCCCCAAUUUUUUU